AAGCAAUAAAAUACUUUUCACGCAAUCUUUUUACUCGAAGCUCUGAGUUUGCUCAGUUGCUGUGUACUCUUUCACUUCGACCAUGGAGGCCUGUGUCUAUGGACACCUCAAAUCUCAGCCGCCAUGGCUUCUCGUGCUACUUGUUCUCGGUUUCUUGAAGCUCCUCGCCUUGUCUGUAAGCCUUCUCAAAUGGGUCGGUGCCAACUUUCUCCGGCCGGCCAAGAAUCUGAAGAAUUACGGCUCCUGGGCGCUGGUAACGGGAGCUACCGACGGGAUCGGAAAAGGGUUUGCGUUUCAGUUAGCUCGGAAAGGGCUGAAUUUAGUUCUGGUGGGCCGGAACCCGGAGAAGCUGAAAGAUGUUUCGGAUUCGAUAGAGGCCAAGUACGGGCAGACCCGAAUCAAGAGUGUGGUGGUGGAUUUCUCCGGCGAUUUGGACGGCGGCGUUCGGAGAAUCCGAGAGGCGAUUGAGGGGAUAGAUGUGGGAGUUUUGAUUAACAACGUCGGCGUUUCUUAUCCGUACGCCAGGUUUUUUCAUGAGGUGGAUGAUAGGCUUUUGGCUGAUCUGAUUAAAGUGAACGUGGAAGGGACUACGAAGGUUACUCAGGCGGUUUUGCCGGCGAUGCUCCGGCGGAAGAGAGGGGCGAUUGUCAAUAUUGGCUCCGGUAUCGCCAUUGCCAUCCCUUCAGCUCCCCUUCAUGCAGUUUAUGCCGCCACCAAAGCAUACAUUCAUCAAUUUUCAAGAUGCCUUUAUGUGGAGUACGGCAAAAGUGGGAUUGAUGUGCAAUGUCAUGUACCAUUAUAUGUGGCAACCAAAAUGAUAUCAAUCAGGAAAUCAUCAUUCUUUAUUGCAUCAACAGAUGACUAUGCUGAGGCAGCAUUGCGGUGGAUAGGUUAUGAAGCAAGGUGCACCCCAUUUUGGCCCCAUUCUCUGCAAUGGGCUUUGGUCUCUUUCUUCCCCGAGUUUGCAGUUGAUGCCUGGCGACUUAGGGUUUGCCUGGGAAUCAGGAACAAGGGAAAGCUCAAGGAUUCCGGCCAGGAAGAAGCAGCAACUGAUUUGAUGAUGCAAAAAUUAAAUUAAUACCACUUGAAUGAACAAAACUCCCUGAUAUAUAAUAGUUUUAAUAUUAUUGAAUAUAAUCUAAAAAUAAUCCUAUGAAGUAUAUUUGUAAGUAUUUGAGUAAUUUUAGUGACGGUGUGUUGUGUUAUGGAAUAAUUGGAGUAAUACCAAUGGAU